AUGAGUAGAAAAUAUUCUUUGAAAGAUGAUCAAAGAUGGGAGAGAAGCCCAUCCAAUAUAAGGCGAUCAAGAUCAAGAUCGCCUUAUAGUGAUUCUAAACAUAUUUGUUUGAAAGAUAAAUCUUAUGAAAGAAAAAGAAGCAAGGAACGAUAUUCUAGUCGUAGUGGUCGGAACUAUACAGUAUCUCAUCGCUCAGAUAAUAAUCCACAUGUACGUAGACGUAGUAUUUCACCUUUAAGCAGAUAUAGUGUAUCACCUCAAGGAUAUAAAAAUACGAAUCGUUCUUCGGAAUUGAAGGAUGAUUCAGUAUCAUCAAAGCAUUUAAAAUCUGAUAUAAAAACGUUGAAUAAUCUUAAAGUUGAUGAUAUCGACAAUGAGACAUCACAAAUGGAAGCUAUACUUGGAUUUUCUGGGUUUAAGACUACUCAUCAGCAAAAGGUUGAAGGUAAUGAUGUUGGUAUUGUAUAUAAAGUUAAGCCAACAAAAUAUCGACAAUAUAUGAAUAGAAGAGGAGGAUUCAAUAGACCAUUAGAUACCGAUAAUCCUAAACGAUAA